AUGGAGCUGGGCAGCGUGUGGCAGCCGGCGUACGGCGCGGGGCCGCGGCCGCCGGCGAGCAGCACGCCGGGGCUCGCGGCCAUGGUGCACGGCUUCCUGCGCCUCGUGCAGCCCAACGCCCUGCCCGCAGAGCUGAUCGUGGAGCUGAGGCAGGACCAGGGCCAGAUCAGCAGGGAGCAGGUCCAGCAGCUGUUGAGCUACGAGGUGGGUUUCCUGGUGUGCGCGGCCAUCGGCCUCCUCUUCAUCGUCCUUGUGCCCCUGGUCGGCUGCUGCUUCUGCUGCUGCCGCUGCUGCGGGAGGUGCGGGGGCCGCCGGUACCAGAAGCAGGGCCGGCGGAGCGGCUGCCGCCGCCGCGCUCUCUACGCCGCCGUCCUGGCCGUCUCGGCCCUGCUCCUGGCCGGCAACGUCUGCGCCUUCAUGAGCAACACGCGCCUGGCACAGGCCGUGAGCGGCACCUUCCCCAACGUCAACGCCACCGCCAGCGACCUGCGCACCUACCUGGCCUCCAUCCCCCAGCAAAUCGACUUCAUCGCCGCCCGCAGCGAGGUGCCGCUGGCGCGCGCCAACCACAGCCUGCAGACUGCUCCUGGGCUGCUGGGGGUGUCCCRUGCUGACACCGUCUCCUCCAUCUCCACAGGCAUUGGGACAACGCUGGGCAACGUGAUCAUCUCCAGCAUCAGGAGGAGCAUGAGCGAGGCAGUGGGCUCCCUCCAGAGCCUGCUGGAAGUGAUGGAGUCGCUGGCCAGCGCCUAUGGUGACAUYGAUGGCACCAGCUGGCGCCUGCGGGAGCUUCAGAGCAACUACAGCCAGAGGCUGGAGGAGCUGCAGGACAGCAUCAACCGCACGGUGCAGCGCUGCGGGCGCCGCUGCGGCAGCRUCUCCCUGCACGGCCUCGGCUUCCAGGCCAACUUCAGCGUGAUCCCCGGUGUGCAGCAGCAGCUGAAGGCCCUGCGAGAUGUGUCCGCCUCCAACCUGGCGGCCAAUUUGGAGAAGGUCAACCGCACGCUGAACGAGACCCCUGACAAGGUGCACAAGCAGUCACGGGAGGUGGUGACAAGGGCCCAGGACCAGCUGGGCCAGAUCAGGCAGGAGAUCAGCAACAUGCCCGAGCGCUUCCCAGUCGAGGACUUGGAGGGCCACAGCGUGGCYUUUCUGGACAACGCCACGUCCACGCUGGAGAGCUACAGGGAGCCCGUGACCGCCUUUGAGAAGCUCAGGUGGAGCGUGUGUGCCCUGCUGUGCUGCAUGGUGCUGCUGGUGGUCAUCUGCAAUGGCCUCGGGCUGCUGCUGGGGCCGCUGGGCCUGGAGCCGGCCGCGCUGCCCACGGAGCGGGGCUGCCUCUCCAACGCCGCCGGGAACUGCUUCAUGGCAGGGGUCGGYUUCAGCUUCAUCUUCUCCUGGCUGCUAAUGCUGGUCGUGCUGGUCCCCUUCGUGCUGGGGGGGAACGUCUACAUGCUCUUCUGCCAGUCCCUGCAUGACCAGCAGCUCUUUGAGCUCCUGGAUACCCCUGGGUUCAUUCCCAACUUCAACCUGUCGCAGGUGCUGGGGGAGGACAGCACCAACAUCUCAGAGCUGUACAGGCAGUGCCAGGACAAUGCUGCCCUGUGGCAAACGUUGCACCUGGACCGGCGCAUCUCCCUGGACGAGCUCUUCAAUAUCACCCAGUACACCGCAGAGAUCUCCACGGCCUUUGAGAGGGUCAACAUCACGCUGAGCCCCAUCUCGCUGCUCAACCAGAGCCAGAAGGACCUGCUGCUGGAGGCCAGCAGGCUGGGGCAGCCGCCUGACUUUGCGCCCAGCCUGGUGCAGCUGAAUCAGAACGUAACCCGUGGAAGCCUCCUGGAUGUGGCCGCAGAGCUGGAGAGGCUGGCAGAGCAAGUGGGCGGAGGUACGAAGGAGGAGCUGGAGGAGGAAGCCAGGUUGCUGAGGGAGCUGGCUGGGGAGAUGGAGGCCAGUUUGCCCGGCCCGCUGCAAAGUCUCAAGGAGAACAUCCACAUCGUGGMGCGGCAGGCCCAUGGGCUGGAGGUGCGGACCAACACCACGCUGCAGAAGGUGGAGCAAACGCAGGCCUCGCUGCAGAGGGAGAUGGCCACCAUCAUCAAGAACGAGACACGGGCCUUCCUGCAGCAGCUGCUGGGCUUCUUCGAGACCUACAUGGCCUGGGCCAAGAGCAGCCUGACGAGAGAGGUGGCGCGUUGCAAGCCCGUGGCGCAGGCUGUGGACAGCGUGGAGGCCAUGGCCUGUGACUUCAUCCUGGACUCUGUGAAUGCCUUCUGGUUCAGCCUGGGCUGGUGCACUGCGCUCCUGCUGCCCAGCAUCGUCCUCACCGUGCGCCUCGCCAAGUUUUACCGCCGGAUGGAGGUCGCUGAUGUCUACGAGAGCGAUCUGUUGGAGAUGGCGCCCACACUGAACUCAUUCCAAAUUCCCCGGGUGGCUCCAAGGAAGUAGCCCCGUCACCUGYGGCGUGGGCACGGAUGGAGGAGACUGGGCGCCCCGGCUGGCUGGAUGYGACUGCUCUGUCUGCAGCCCCUGCCCUGGGGCUGGGGAGCAGGCUGGGACCCCUGACCCCUGGCCCAACCCUCCUCC